AUGAAUUUGGCACAAAGGUUGUGCAGGAGAUUCAAGAAUAUUGACUUCAGGCAUAUGCCAAGAGCUCAAAACGAGUUCGCAGAUGCGUUAGCCACGACAACAUCUAUGAUCCAACAUCUUGACAGCGCCCACAUUGAUCCGUUGGAGAUCACACUAAAGGAAGAACAGGUCCACUGCACCUAUGUAGAGGAGGAACCAGAUGGCCAACCAUGGUAUGUCGACAUCAAGACCUACUUGAAAAAAGGAGAGUAUUCGUUAGAAAGUUUGGCAAACCAGAGGAAAACCAUCAGGAGGAUGGCCAAUGGUUUCUUCUUGAACAAGGAAGUACUGUAG